AAAAAAAAAAAAAAAAAAUAAAUUGAUAUUUUGGGAAUUCCGAAUCAGACUUAUCCUACCUAUUUUUCUUUUAAUAUUUUUCCCCUCGUUCUAAAAUUUUAUUUAUAUUAAUUGAUUAUAUCAAUUUCCAUAAAAUGUCUCAUCAGACUGGUAUUCAAGCUAAUGCAGAACUAAAAAAAUAUAUCGGAAAGUGUCGAGAUGGGAAAAUUCGGUAUAUGAAAAUUAGCAUAGAAAAUGAGGAACUGGCACUGGCUAAAUAUCACGCCAUCAAAGGUUCUUGGGAACAGGAUUUUGACAAAUAUUUGCCAUCAUUGAUUGUUGAAGAUCAACCAUGUUAUAUUCUCUUUAGAUUUGAUUCAACAAAUUCUCUCGGAUAUGAAUGGCUAUUGCUCAGUUGGUCUCCUGACAGUGCCCCAGUCCGGCAGAAAAUGUUAUAUGCGUCAACGAAAGCAACACUCAAACAAGAGUUUGGAUCCGCACAUAUUAAAGAUGAAAUGCAUGCCACUGUUAAGGAGGAGGUAUCUCUCAAAGGGUACAAAGCUCACUUAAGUGGUAUCAGUGCUCCAGCACCACUCACUGAUAGAGAGGAAGCAUUGAAAGAACUUCAACAGAGUGAACAUAACACCAACUAUGGUACUGACUCAAGGCAAUCAACAAUGGGAGGAGUAGGUUUUCCUAUCACAGAAGCUACUGAGCAAGGCAUUAUUGAUUUACAACGAGGUUCCUACAACUAUUUACAGUUUAGAAUAGAUUUGGAUGAAGAAAAAAUUCAUCUAGCAAAAGCGGCCAAAAUAUCUCUUGUUGAAUUGCCUCAGCAAGUGCCAAGUGACCAGGCGAGAUACCACCUCUAUAUCUUCACACAUACUCACGAAGGAGACCAUGUGGAAAGUGUUGUAUUCAUUUAUUCAAUGCCUGGAUAUACGUGCAGUAUAAAGGAGAGGAUGAUGUAUUCAAGUUGCAAAGGACAAUUUUUAGAAAUUAUCGAAAAAAUGGGCAUUGAAAUAGCAAAACGAUUAGAAAUCGACGAUGGUAAAGAAUUGACUGAAGAAUUUCUCUAUGACGAGAUUCAUCCCAAAAGAAACCUUCACAGGCCUGCAUUCGCCAAGCCCAAAGGUCCGCCAAACAGAGGCGCCAAGCGUAUAACUAAAUCACAAUCUGCUCAAUAGAUAUAAGGGAAAGUGUAUGUAUAGAUGAUUUUUAAAUUACGCGCCAGUUAUGUUAAGAUUAAGACCUGUGCAGAAGAUGGAAUAUUUCUAAUAUUUCUCUCCCGUUGUAAACUCUUAUUUCUUUUAAUAGGGUGAAAAUGAAAUGGUAACCCCGCUUGCACUAUCGGUAUAAACUGGCAGGGAUGGCAAAUAAGGACGAAGCCUGGUCAGUCGACCCAUUGUGGCUAAUUUGCUAGGGAAUAACAACGGUGAUUUCUAAAGCAAACCGCAUGGAAAUCUACUUGACAGGUUAUAUUGCUAGGAUUGAUGACUCACAUCCCCAUUAUUAACAAUCCUUCUCCCUCUCAGAAGUCCCUUUGUACACACAUCUAUAUCCAUUUUUCUAUAUUUGCCAUGUUUUGUCAGGCCAUGGACACAAAUACAAAUUUUGUCUCCCACAGACAAAAUGGCACUCAUCUGUACAGGUCAACUAAACACAGCAAUCAGGAUGAAAUAAAAGUUGUACCAUUGGAGAUUAUAUUUUAUCCAAGUAUAUUUUCACAAGAUGCAUUUGUGCGAGUGUAGACAUGAUUGUAGAUGAAUCCAAUUGACGAUAAAUGCAAUUUUUUACAUAUUUAUCUAAUGCAUUACAUGGUCUUUAUUCUUCCGCUAUAACUUCAUGAUGAGGUACAGAGCAACUUAUUAACAACCAUACUAAUAUAAAAAAAAAAACUUUAUGACUGCUGUCAAACCCAUUCUUUAGGUAGUAGAUUAAUAGACAAUAUUACAGUUAAAUACAGUGACAAUGAUUUUAACUAUUUAUUUUAAACCUGUAAGAUGAAAUGUCCAUUUGCAUAAGACUGUGAAAUAUUUUCACUAUUUUUAUGUAUUAUAUAGAAUUGUAAUUUUUUGGUCAACAUGUUUUAUAAAUCAUGAAUUGAUGUAGCUGCAUGGUAAAAAGCAUAUUGUCACCGAGGUUGUGAAUAAUAAUUGGAUUAUUAUUAAUUCUAUAAUACAUACUAUGAAACGUACUAGAUGGCGCUAAGUGUUUGUACAAAAUAAAAAUAAUAUUAAUAUUGAUUUUAUGAAUACCAACCAUAUAAUGGUUCAAAGUUGAUGCUGUAAAAAGUUAGAAAUAAAAAAAAAUGUUAAUUUUGAAACCCGAUAAUGUAUUAAAUAAAGAAAAAACUAAACAUGUUUUAUUUAUUACACUUGCGCCAUCUAUUGGCAGAAAUUUAAAAUUUGCUGGUUUCUCAAUAUAUGCCACGCCGUUGUGGCGUCGUCCGGAGUUAAAGCCGGGGUAGUGGGGUUCGCUCUGAGGCCCCUACCUGACCAGCCACUAUAUGGCGAUUAAAAAGACCUGGAUUGAUUGAUUCUCAAUAUAUAUGUAUGCAUGUUUUGUAUACCAACUAUAAAACAUUAGUAUUAUAUAUCAAAAUAAAAGCAAUCUUAGAACUAGUCUGUAUUGGUGUAUAUGAAUCGAAUAUUAUUUUAAUUAUCGUGAUUUUUUUAUAAUGGAACCCUAGAUAAAUGUCUAUAUUGUUCAUAAAUCACUUGUUCAGAUGUAUUAAUCACGUAUAAAACUCGUAAAGUAUUAUUAGCGCGUAUAUUCUAUUAUAUUAGAAUACUCUAUAACUUUUUAAUAAUUUGUGUACUUUAAAUGUAUUCUCUGACUUGCUACAAUUAUUAUAAUCUUAUGGCUUUUUAAAAUUAAAUUUCCAAUUCAUGUUAUACUUCAAUUAUUUAAUUCUCAGGUCUUUUCUAAAUGUGUAUAUCUUUAUAUAUGCUGAGUACAAGCAAAUAUUUAAUUACCUAUUUUUAAGUGUUAAAUAUUUAAUGUAAUAAGUGUAUCAUGUGUAAAACAUAGUCGCUAAUUUAAGUGUAAUCUAGUAAUUGCUGAAAAGGCUCUCUUUAGAAACACGAAUUUGACAUUUAUAUAAAUGAAUCAUAGUUUAAAAUAUUUUUCUAAAUUUCCGACUGAAAGCAAAAUAUUAUUUUUAAAACUGAUGUAAAUUUUUUAAUGAUGUCUGUAUAUAUGUAUAACAGGAACAAUCGUCGGAAACAACAAAUAUAGUAAGUUCAUAAAAUUAUAUUAAUUAAUGCAAAAUAAUUCAUAACAUGGAGGGUCAUUCAUAUUUUAAAAAUUUUUUAUGUACUUUUUUUGUCCCCCAUGUCCACAUAACUGUAAAAAAAAAAAAACUAAAAUUUAAAGCUACCAUUGUAGGUGGAUUCCAGUAUUAAAGUAAUUUGCACAUAUCUAUACAGCAAUGAGACCAUAAAUUAAUAUAUCAAACAACUGUCUUGUAAGACCACACUUCCAUCAAUGUAGAUAUUGUACUAAAUAGUGCCUUUAUCAACUCUAGCAUUGGUACAAUAAAUUAUUUUCGGUGCUUGUAUGAACAGAAACUCAUACAUUUUAUUGUUUUUAUUAUUAAGUAGUUCCGCGCAAAAAGAUACAUAUAUAACCUUAAUACUUUUUCGUAGACAAUUCUAGAUAUUUUUUCAUCUAAUAAACUCUAUUUUUUUUUUUUAUUAAGACAACCAAAGCAAGCUGUACAAUAGUAAUUAGAAUAAAAACAGUCAGUAAAACAAUUUCUAGAUAAACCAGUUUUUUAUGAAUUGUAAGGAACUCUACAAUCUCGUGAAACUUAAGAUUUUGUGUUUAUAGUCUAACCAUACACAUAUGUAUAUGCUGACGACUAUAAUACGUAAUUGGGUAGUUAGAAGUAUUUGUCUAUAGUUGCCGUUGUAGUGACUGAAAUACUCAACAUGCCGAAAUUUCAGAUUAAUUUGAUUAAUUAACAUGAUGAUUGCUAUCAACUAAUAAAUCGUUAGAUCUUGAUCUUGCCGUAGUAAAAUAGUAUGAAUUCUAAAUAUAAGUAAACAAUAUAGUGAAUUUUCAUUCUAACAUUUGAUUUAAAUAUAUUUUUUAGCAACUCUUUUUAUAUAUUUUACGGUUUUAUGAAAUACACUCGAUCCAAUAAAGUUAAUGCACAAAAUGUUGUUUGAAAAUUUAGAUACUUCCAUCUAUUUUUAUAUAACAAAAUUAUAUAUUUUAAUAUUUGUUCCAUGUAGUGUGCAAUAAUAAAAAAUAUAAUGCUUUUAUUA